GUAAGGUAAGAUAAGGUAACAGAGCAAUUGCGCGAGGUGCAUCAGAGCCAAGUUCACAUAGCGCGAAAAAAUACUAGUCUAAUGAGAUGGCAUCGGCCCUAGAACAGUUCGUAAAUAGUGUCAGAACUCUAUCGUCUCACGGCAACUAUCGAGAAUUAUGCGAUACUUUAAACAAAUCUAGCGAAGUGCUUUUAAAAAAUAUUCAACACCUUGACAAUGUACUCGAGACGUUGGACGUCCAACAGCACACUUUGGGCGUUUUAGCUGUCCUUUGUGCUAAAUUUAGCAGUCAGGGGUGUAAUCUGCAGGAUAACCGAUUUGCUCAAGCUCUAGAUUUUAUUGUAAAUUCCAGCGCUGACCAAAUCAGAUUUGCCCCCGACACAUUUGCUGAAUUCUGCCAUUUGUUCACCAACUACUUGGUGGAGCAAAAGCAGCCAUUAAAAGGUAUAAUACUGUUGGAGAAGGCGAUAGACAAACUAAGGUACUUCGCUGAAGCACAGCUAACGUCUGUGCAUGCUGACUUGUGCCAGUUAUGUUUGCUUGCCAAAUGUUUCAAGCCAGCUAUAAAAAUACUGGACGUAGACAUCAUUGGGAUUUGUCAAGAGGCAGGCUAUGGUGCAGCUACUCAGUUUGAUGCCAAGUAUUUUUUAUUGUAUUAUUAUUAUGGUGGGAAAAUUUAUUUGGCUGUUAGGAAUUUGGAUAGGGCUUUAUAUUUUUUCGAGGUUGCCCUAACCACUCCUGCUCAUGCGGUAUCACACAUAAUGUUAGAAGCUUACAAAAAGUUCAUUUUGGUGUCGUUACUGUUACAUGGAAAGAUACAGCCAAUGCCGAAAUAUGCCUCCAAAGUAGUUACAAGGUUCAUUAAACCUUUGUCUCAGCCUUAUCACGAUUUAGCUAACGCGUUUACCUCCAAUAAUCACGGAGAACUGAACAGUGUACUUAGUAAACAUUCUGAAGUUUUCACGCGGGACCAUAACAUGGGCCUGAUAAAGCAAGUAUCGGCGGUGCUUUACAAAAAAAACAUCCAGCGGCUCACCAAAACGUUUUUAACACUGAGCCUCUCAGAUGUCGCCAGUCGCGUGGGGUUGCCAGGGCCUGGCGACGCGGAAAAGCACAUAUUAGAUAUGAUUGAAAACGGCCAAAUUUAUGCAACCAUUAAUCAAAAAGACGGAAUGGUCGUCUUCAAAGAUGAACCGGACAAGUUUAGCGGCCCUCAAGUUUUGAAAAGUCUAGAAGAGCAGUUGUCCCUUUGCAUGGAAUUGGAUACUAGAAUUUUGUGCAUGGAUGAGGAAAUACAGGUCAAUCCUCAGUACGUCAAAAAAUCGGCAGGGAUGCAGGAGGAAGAGCAGCCCACCAAAAGCACUUACGCAAUGUGAAAAAGACUAUAUUUAUUUAUUAAGGUCCGUUGUUUUUUUACUCGUGGUUCGUUUCGGUUAAACGUUGGUAGAGUACAGUUUCGAUAUGUUAACUCUUCCUUACCGCCCAUAUUUUAAAUAUAAAGAUGCACUCAA